AUGGCGACACCGGAUCUCGACCCGCUAUUGCUGUUGCGCCAGUCAAUCGCGUCUAACAGCGCGAUCCUGCCCACGGCAUCAACUGAUGCUGCGGCACCCGAAGCAAGCCUGUCUACAGCUACGCAUCUCACAUUCACCACACCCACACGUAUAUCCAUACCGAUUGACACUCCGACGAGAUUCGCUUCCAACGACACACCCGUCGACCUGCGCAGUAUCUACUUUGCCUGGCUGAAGCGCGAGGUGGCCAUCCCAGAGUACAAUGCCUCGGCAACGCAACUCAACGAUGACCUCACCACAGGCAAGGUCCAGAACCUGGCUUUUGUCGAACGUCUGGAUCUGAUCACGUGGCUGGAAGGCGCAAGUGAGGAAAGCGAGUACAUUAAGCCUCUAGCAGGGGACAAGCACGGUGCAGCGUCGAACGCAGCGGCCGCUCUGGCUUCCAAGGGCGCAGCAGCUCCAGCUAUAGGAACGACACUUGGUAGAUCAGGGAAAGGUGCACUGGAUCCACGGCUUGCCGUCAUUUACAACAGCGAGCGCAAGAUGGGGAAUUGGAACAGCGCGUUGAGGGGAAUCAAGCCUACCGACUUCUCCCACGUUCGCAAACUCGCAGCGCCCUUCAUGUCUAAGAAACCGUCUGGCAAUGCAGUUUCCCACAUAUCAUCCAACCCAUCGCUCGCCCUGAACCAAAAACAAAAACGACCCGACCCCAUCAUUCUCCUCUCACCCUCUGCUUCAGCCCUCCUGCGCAUGACCAAUAUCAAGUCCUUCCUCGAGAGCGGCAAGUACGUGCCGGUCGACUCGCUCACCGCCUCCUCCAGCUCCAGCGCCUCGAUGCUGCAUAUCAACCGCUUGAUGAAGGACAUUGACCCGAACCGUCCCAUGCGUUUCAUCCUGGUCGAGGGCCCCGAGCAAUUUAAGCCUGAGUAUUGGAGCCGCGUUGUCGCAGUAUUUACCACCGGUCAAAGCUGGCAGUUCAAGAAUUACAAGUGGAGCAACCCCAACGAGCUCUUCCGGCAUGUGUUGGGCGUCUAUGUCGGAUGGCGCCAUGAGCAGCCGCCGGAGGCCGUGCAGGCAUGGGGACAUAGAGUCAUGGCUGUGGGCGUAGAGCGGUGGAAGGAUAUGGGCCCGAACGCAGUAGAUUCUAGCCGUUGGAGGGAUCGCGAGGCUGUUGAGCAGAUCUGGAAGGCUAUCGAGGGGAAUAUGCGGAGUAAGGGGUGGAAGAAGGAUCAGGCUCCGGCAUCGAUAUGA